AUGACAAUUUAUAACUUACUACUGGAAUAUGCUCAUGGUGGUAGUCUUGCAGACUUGAUUAACAAAUAUGGAGGAAAAAUACCUGAAUGUGAUGUGAGGCGAUACACUCGAAUGAUUCUUAAAGGGUUAUCAUCCACACAUAACAAUGGAUAUAUUCAUUGUGACCUUAAGCCUGCCAAUAUACUUGUUUUCCCUUCUGAUCAACAAGAUUUUCAGCUCAAGAUUGCGGAUUUUGGCUUGGCAAAAGAGCCUGACGAAGACAAUUCAAGGAAAUUCUUUUACCAAUACACUUUCCGUGGAACUCCUUUGUACAUGUCUCCUGAAUUUGUAACGCUUGCUGAGAUAUCACCAGCUUUGGAUAUUUGGUCUCUGGGUUGCAUUGUUAUUGAGAUGAUCACAGGAAAGCCACCAUGGCAUGAAUUGGAUAUAGAAGAUAUCUUAGUGCGCCUGGCUUUUGAGGGUAGCUCACCUGAGAUACCAGAAAGCAUGUCAAAGAAAGGGAAAGAUUUCUUAAGAAUGUGUUUCAUGAGACCCCAUUGCGAGAGGUGGAUAGCAGAUAUGCUAUUGGAUCAUCCUUUUAUUGUUGAUGAAGAGCUUACUUCACCAUUUGAGCAGGAAGAACUCUCACCACCAAGCCUUAGUGAUGAUGUUGUUAAGUCUAUGUGCAAGCUAAUACUAUCUGAUUAUUCACCUGGGCAAGGUCUAUUUUCCUCUGCAGAUAGGCCACUGAGCUUGGGUUCUACAUGUAGGGCGGCUGAACUUUGGUCCUAUCGGAAUGGGUUGCAAGGAAACCGAAAAGAGUUUGCUUAG